AUGCGGCUAAUAUCUACGGAUCCCCACCUGCGUGUCGGGCACUUCAACCUCCCGAGCGAAGUCGAUGUCGGUUACGCCAUUCUCUCGCAUGUUUGGCGACAUUCCGGCGAACAACCAUACGCGGAGGUUCAUCGGUUAGCACACGAGGGUGCCAAAGUGAGCGACCCGCGCUUGAGCACCAAGGUCCGGGAGUGCCACAGGCUUGCGCGAGCAAACGGCCUCCGCUGGUUUUGGGUUGACGCCCCCUGCAUCGACCAGACAAACAGCGCGGAACUCUCAGAGGCGAUCUCGUCAAUGUACGAGUGGUAUGCGCAGGCCUCGAUUUGUUUUGCCCACCUCCCCGACGUCCCUCCCGAUGACAUCAUCCGCGCUCCCGGCUCCGCGUUCCGGCGCAGCAUCUACUUCCGGCGCGCAUGGACGCUGCAGGAACUCAUCGCUCCUCGCCGCGUCCUCUUUCUCUCCGCCGACUGGACCGUGCUCGGAGACAAGCAGGAGCUCGCAGACCUCCUGGAGGAGAUCACCGGCAUCGACCAGGAUGUCCUCACCUUCCACCGCCCCCUUUCCGAAGUCUCCGUCGCCGUUCGUCUCUCUUGGGCAUCACACCGCGACGCCAGCCGUCUGGAAGACAAGGCGUAUUGCUUGAUGGGCCUUUUUGACAUUCAUAUGACUGCCUGCUAUGGCGAAGGCGCGCACAAAGCAUUCGGCAGACUGCAAGUGAAGAUCUUGGAACGAGUCUGCGACCACACGCUUCUGGCUUGGGCCGGAUCCCGAGACCCGCGCAACCCGUCAAUCUGGCCCUUCGCCCCCUCCCCAGAGGCAUUCACGCGAGAGUUUCGUCUGGUCGCGGUGGAUAUGCGGCGUUUCGUGGAGUCUAUCAGGCAUCUAUGCUCAGUAUCUUAUCCAGGGCAGCCGCUUGUACCGUCUAUUGGACCGGUCGACCAUCACGGUUUGAGAUGCCGCCUGCCUGUUCUCUGCUAUGGAUCAACGCCGCUUGCCGCGUUACUCGCUUGCCGGGAAGAACACUCACCGUCGACCUACAUCGUGCUCGCUUUGCACAGCAACCCUUCUUUGCUCCGCGAAGUCUACAAUGUGGCGGCACGGCCUCGAUUAGUCCCCAUCAACAUGGACCUCAUAGCUCGCAAUAUGACCACCCAGAGCUCGGCGCUGAACAUGCGUUUCAUGAGCUUCCAUAUCGCAGUCCUCGCUCCGCUGUCCCUUGCUCCCUCUCUCUCUCACGCCCUUUCUCUUUCUUCACACCUCCCCCCCAGGCCGGACACCGAUGCCGAUGCGGCUUCUAGAUCCGAUGCCCCUCGUUUCAAGGGCACCCUACCUCCGCCUCGACACUCGCAUCCUCGCCUACAUGUCGUCCAGCUCGUUCUCCGUACCAUCCGGCUCAUCUUCCACGCCAUUCAGCGCAAUCGCCGCCGCGCCGUCCAGCUCAUUUACC